UGUUCAGGGCUUAAAUGCCCCACGUGCGCAAUAAUUUGAAAAAACUACAUGCGCUUUUACUUGUAGGAGCAAGCAUGACCAGAGAUGACCAGGCGCGUAGGAUGUCGGCAAAGCUAGGGAACGUGCGGACAGACUUGUGCCACUAUCGUAUAUAAAUCGGCGACGAGAGAGGGAGGGGAGCAAGUGCUGAACAUUCUUCUUAGCAUACAGUUCAGUUCGGACUAAAGGGGGAUACGAUAACCUAUUUGGCACCAAACAGGAAUUACGGUGGUUCCUCUGCAAACUGCUGUUUGGACUGCCUACAUUGUUUACCUUGCAAAUGAGAGCCUAGUUUUGGAAGGAGAAACUCAAACAAAGUAUUUAACUUGGAGUUAUUUGAUCUUUCCUGAGGAAGUCAGACAGUGAAACAUAAUUCAAGAUGGAGAAUAUGGAAGAUGGGAAGAAGAAGGGAGUGACCUGUUACCUCCUCUACUGCAUCACUACAGCCGUCAUCGGCUCCCUGCAGUUCGGAUACAACACUGGAGUCAUCAAUGCCCCUGAGCAGAAACUGCGACGGUUCUUCCAGAAUGUGUCUAUGGAUCGUUAUGGAGACCCCUUCUCCUCUGGGACUAACACCAUGGUUUGGAGCUUCGCUGUGGCCAUCUUCAGUGUGGGGGGUAUGGUUGGGUCCUUGUCUGUGGGGGUCAUGGUGGACAAGUUUGGGAGGCGUAAGUCCAUGCUCCUGGCCAACGUGCUGGCCCUUCUGGGUGGAACUCUGAUGGGUCUGUCCAGCCUGUGUAAGUCCUUUGAGAUGGUCAUCAUUGGCAGGCUGGUCAUUGGCGUGUUCUGUGGCCUGUGUACUGGACUGACGCCCAUGUACGUGGGAGAGCUGGCCCCCACGCACCUCAGGGGGGCCUUCGGCACCCUCCACCAGCUGGGAGUGGUCAUUGGCAUCCUGGUGGCACAGGUCUUUGGUCUGGAGUUUCUGCUGGGGUCAGACUCCCUGUGGCCCCUCCUGCUGUCCCUGACGGCCAUCCCUGCUGUGGUGCAGAGCAUCAUGUUGCCCUUCUGCCCAGAGAGCCCCCGCUACCUCCUCAUCAGCCUCAACCAGGAGGAGGAGGCUCGCAAAGCCCUGGUGCGUCUGCGUGGCUGUGAGGACGUAAGUGAUGACAUCCAGGAGAUGAAGGAAGAAGGGAUGAAGAUGGCCAUGGAGAAGAAGGUCACUAUUCCAGAACUCUUCCGCUCGCCAGCCUACCGUCAGCCAAUCAUCAUCGCCAUCAUCCUGCAGCUCUCCCAGCAGCUCUCUGGCAUCAACGCGGUGUUCUACUAUUCGACAGGUAUAUUUGACACUGCCGGGGUGACCCAGCCCAUCUACGCCACUAUAGGAGCUGGGGUGGUCAACACGCUAUUCACAGUGGUGUCUCUCUUCCUGGUGGAGAGGGCGGGACGAAGGACCCUGCACCUCAUCGGAUUGGCUGGAAUGGCUGUCAGUGCUCUGCUCAUGACCAUCUCUCUCUCAUUGGUGAAGACCAACACGUCUCUGAGCUACCUGGCCAUCGUGGCGGUGUUUGCCUUCGUGGCCAGUUUUGAGAUGGGCCCAGGUCCUAUCCCAUGGUUCAUAGUUGCUGAGUUGUUCUCCCAGGGGCCUCGGCCUGCAGCUAUGGCCGUCGCAGGCUGCUCCAACUGGACCGCCAACUUCCUGGUCGGGCUGGGCUUCCCCAAACUGGAGGAGCUGUGUGGUCCUUACGUCUUCAUCAUCUUCAUGAUCUUCCUCAUAUUCUUCUUCGUCUUCACCUACUUCAAAGUCCCGGAGACCAAGGGGCGGACCUUUGACGACAUUGCCAAAGGAUUUGCCGGCACUGCAGGAGCCCAAUCUCCUCCCCCAGAGGGUAUGGUCACCCUGCCCGUUUCCCCGACGACGGAGAAAGUUCCAAUGGUUGAGUUUCCGACGGAAGAGAAGUAAAAGAGGUGAUCGUCAGCAAAUCCGUAGAUAGUGGAACAGGUAGAGAUGCCCCUUGUGCAUAGAUACUGUAAUGUAGGGAGUUUAAGAUCAAAACAAAACUUUUUGUCCAUUUUAGGUUGAAUUGGACUUUUAAAGUGCAGGACUAGGGAUAUGCACUGUAUGGAGAGGAGCUUCCAUAUGAAAUAGCAGCUUAGUGUCAGGGUGUGUGUAUAGUGUGUGUUGGGAAUAGGGUUGGGGAUGAUAAUGCAGGCAUCAUGAGAGUUUGUGUCAAAGAGGAUUUGUUUACUGUGUGUGAGGGUGCGCAUGUGUGUGUGUGCCUUCAGUCAUUUUCAUUUAAACUGCCUAAAGUAUUUAUUACUGUAAGUUAUUAAUGAUAAUUUGUAAUUAGCUUUUACCAAUGUUCAGUAAUAAACUUCCCAUAUUGUCCUUCACUUGGGUUAAAAUGGGAAUAGGAUUUGGGUUGAUGUGUACUGCGGUCAGUGGGUUUGGGAGGACAGUCCAGGAACAUAAAAAUCCUCUCUGCCUGGUGUAUCCUAACCUAGCCUGUCUCUCUGCCUGGUGUAUCCUAACCUAGCCUAUCUGUCUCUCUGCCUGGUGUAUCCUAACCUAGCCUAUCUGUCUCUCUGCCUGGUGUAUCCUAACCUAGCCUAUCUGUCUCUCUGCCUGGUGUAUCCUAACUUAGCCUAUCUGUCUCUCUGCCUGGUGUAUCCUAACCUACCCUAUCUGUCUCUCUGCCUGGUGUAUCCUAACCUAGCCUAUCUUCCUCUCUGCCUGGUGUAUCCUAACCUAGCCUAUCUGUCUCUCUGCCUGGUGUAUCCUAACCUAGCCUAUCUGUUUCUCUGCCUGGUGUAUCCUAACCUAGACUAUCUGUCUCUCUGCCUGGUGUAUCCUAACCUAGCCUUUACGUCUCUGGAGCCUGACCUUGAACUGUCACAGAGACUCAACAGUACGGACGUGUCUCUCCCUGAACACUGAGUCAGCUAGAACACUGGCAUGGCUCACACAUAUCUGUGGCUUCUGUCUGCCUCAUCAGACGUCAUACAGUAUAGGCUUCUAAUGCCUGGCUGGCCUAUCAUAGCUAUGCUAAUGAGGAGUUCAGAAGUAACAUUUCUUCAAGUCUCCAAAUAGUACAUGAAACAUAAAUUCCGGGUUCAGCCAGUAUGAUAGUAGAAUUCUUAGACAGCAUGUUAACAGUUUCUUCAAGACAAUUAGAUUGAGAGAAUGUGUGGAGGAACUUUGAAGAAUUUCAGAUGUCCUCCAAAUCAUGUAUCACAUAGGGGUAGAGGCAAUAUAUGGAGCAAAGCCAUUCAACCACUGUGGAACAAUGACAUUCAGCCACUGUGGAACAAUGACAUUCUACCACUAUGGAACAAUGACAUUCAACCACUGUG